AUGCCACAUCAUUUCACCCUUCCCAUCCGCCCCCAUCCUCGGACCAUCCCCUCUGGUCAUGACUCCCACAACAACCAGAUCACCUUUAACGCUGAGCCCACUCCAGCUUGCGCUCUGAAGCGUGCUCCCAUCCGCUCUCGCCGACGGUCCGACCCCCGUGGGAGGAUCGUUACUCGACAUCGUCUCACUCAGGAGAACUCCAGGCCAGAGAUAAUCAAGGAUGAUGAUGCCGCCUCAGCAGCGUUCUCAAGCUUCGAUCCCGCCGACUCGAAUACUUGGACUACAAACCCGCCCCCAUUUCUUCAAAAUGGCGCCAUGUUCCCUUCGUCGCCCUACGAACACACCCAGGAUGAGCAGGCCCUGGUUGGCGAAAACCUCAGGUUAGGUUCAUCAGAGUCUCUAUCCCCUGAGCCUCAGAUUACUCGGGUACGAAGCACCUCCUCGUCGUACCCUUCCAAGGGCAUUCGAUCAACUCAAUCGCCUGUGUCUGAACUGCCUCUUCACACCCUGAGUCUCUCAAAUCUUUCCCAGUUCGGACCUUCCAAUCGCCGCUUAUCCCAGUUCCAUUCGAGCUCAACAUCGUCCAAGCAACGGUCUGUUAGUACUUCGGGUAGCACACAAGAGGCCAUCGCGGAAGCUGCGGCUGUCAUUACACAGUGGCAAGGAGAGCGCGAGCCCAUCGCGUCGUACCAUCGCUAUGAACUCAAUUCAAGUGCGGAAAUACUGCCCGAAGACUCAACAUUCCAACAAGCAAGGUUGGGCAGCGAAGAAAGCUCUACUAGAACCUCGGCCGAGUCCAAGCCCCCGCGCUAUAGUGAGGUGAUGGCGAUCAAGAACCAAUACGACGGGGUAGGCGAUGCUCCUCACCCUGAGAGCCCGCUUCCUUCGGCAUAUCAACGCACGGGGCCUAAAGGAACAAAGCGCAAGCCCUCCCAGUUUUCCCUUCGAAGUCUUUCGAAGCCUUUUGCAAAGCGACCACGCCUCGAGAUCAAGAGAUUGGCCAGUAACGCGUAUCAGGACAGCACCCGUCAGUUCAGCCGUGCCCGCGAAUCAAUGAGGCGCCAGCGCGAUGAGGAGAUGAAACAAUAUGCUGCCUGGAAGGCCUUGCGGCGCCGAAACAAGCCCGGAGAUGCAAUCAAGGGAAAGAUUGAAAAGGGGUUUGGGACUUUCUCGAUUGAGCGGAGUCGCUAUGGACAUAAGAUGUGGUGGAAGGACGGCGUCGAGAAGUAUCAUGCACCAGAGUGGAUGCAAUUCGGGUCGUCGUUCAAGAUGCAAAAAUGAAGGAGGUGGGGGUGUACGUUAAUUAUAAUAGUCAUUAAGGGGUAUCAGCAGGAUACAAAUACCAGACGCACUUGAAUAGG